CACUAUCUAUUCGUGAUUUAGCCUCACAACGGUAGGAUAGCUACUAGCUACCGCACCUGCAUACCGGUACCGGUACGUGUAUUAUUAUUUUUAUUUUUAUUUGAUCAACGGUUUUCUAUUCCACAACAGAACGAUUUUAUUCAACUUCAUCAUGGUAAAGAGUCGGAAAUUAUGGCAUUUCCAACCCCUCUCUGUAUAUGGAUAGAAAUUCARAGCCUGGAGUGAGCAGACGUACUGUAAUGAGGUAAGGGCAAGAGGACUUGGUCCGAAGAGAAAGGAAGUGCCAAAGGUUCACAAUGAGCGGCGGUCGAAGAAUACGAAAGAAUCGUGACAACAGAAGGGAUUUCCGAAAAAGGAAACUCGAAGAGAUCGCGCGACAAGAAAAAGAACAGAAAUUGAAACGAAAUCAACGGCGAACGUUCACCGAUACGUCAACCUCCGCCCCGCCAACGCCAAUUAUAAAUGAUGUCGAGAAACCAUCGACUCAGGUUGAAAACAAGGGCAAUCCUGACAUACACGAAACAGCCGAUCGUAGAACCAACCCUAUAAAAAAUUCUCCAAUACCACCAUAUUGGGGAGCGAGCUCCCCAAAACCGAAGUGCCCACCAGCGGCACGAUCUAGAACGUUAUAUAGUUCUUCUUUUCGAAAAAAGAAAGAGGAACAAAAUUAUAACGAGAAGUGGGACGAUUCCAGCGAUGAUAACAACGAUCUUUUUUGUGGAAAGGGUGAUCCGAUCCGUGACGGGAGACGCAAGCGAUCAAAGAUUCUUUCGAAAACCGGACGAAAUUCAAAUGUGGUUGGAAGGUCUGAUUCUCGUUGUAGAGUCUCGCAUUCUCCAUCAGCCCCAGCGACGAUGGCGACACUGCCGCCACCGGAAUCGAAGAACGCGAGAACGGCUACAAAGGCUAGAAACGAAUCAGAAUCUGAUUCGGAUUCAGAUGGAUCGUUCAACAUGAUGGCCCUUUGGAAGGAAAAUAAAGCGCAACGUCUCAAAGCAGAUAAGACUAGACAACAAGAGAAUCAGACCACGUCAGCUGGAGUCAUUAAUGAUGCCGAAAUAUGGAAUAUGAAGAAAGGAAAAGAGGCAGAUCUUGAUGACGAAGUAGUUCAUGAUGGCCRCCGCAAAAAGUGCAACAAUGGAAAAAUUCCGCGCCGGCGAAAACGUGUUGCUAUUUCUGAUGUAAAUUUUGUGGAGGAUGGACUAGGUAGUAGCGARGACGGGGGAGUGUGUGAUGAUUAUGAUGGUGUCGAUAGAAAGAAAAACAGCAGAAAUUUGAAGUCUUACGGAAAUACAAAGGUUCGUCGCCGUGAAUAUAGUGGAAGCAGUAACAAAGGACACGAGUCGCAGAAUGAUAGCAGCGAUGAUCUUGAUACAGAGAGACCGCAAGCAAAAUUGCGGAAAAAGAAAAAGCCUAGAAAUCCACUGACACUGGAACGCGAAGCAAGUGACAAUUUCUUCUUGAUAGCAAGAGCAGCGAAGGCGACGAGCCCCCAGAAAGGAGCCUCAGACUUUGAAGAUAUUGACGACGGUUUUAUGUCAGAUUGUGAACCUAUAUCAGAACCAGUACAUGCAAAAGCGAAGACAAAGGCAGCAACUACUAGGUAUGGAAUGGAUAAUUUGUCUCGAGGAAAAAAUAAUUCUACAUCACGUAAAAAGAUUGAGGAAAGUUCACAACAAGAAGAUAGAUUUUACGCCUCCGGUGAUGAAAUCUGUGACAGCGACGAGAACGAUGACUACAGUGGAGCACAAAAAUCGGAAAUUAUGGUUCAGUCACUUGAUGAUCUCCAUCCACAGUUCAAAAAUCCAAAAUUCGGCCCUUAUGCACCAAUUGAGCCUCUGUUGUUGUCACAUGAUCAAAGCAAAAUGAUUGUUCAAGUACCAGCUAGUYUGAAUAGAUAUCUGGCUCCAUAUCAGAAAGAAGGAGUGAAAUUUAUGUAUAAUUGUCUAUCCAGAAGGAGUGGAGUAAUUUUAGGGGAUGAAAUGGUAGGUUCGUUAUUUCUGUUGGGCCCAUCUUUCCGCUGUGAUUUUUCUCUGCAUACUUUGUUUUCUGAUGAUUUGCUUCAAUGAACACUGCCAUCUACAUAGGGCUGCGGAAAAACUGUGCAAGUAAUUUCUUUGCUAUGCGCGAUGUUUAAUAAAACAGGAACAGGGAAAGACUUGGAAGACAUUCGGGAAAGAGAUUCUUUCGUCCGCAGGAAGAAAGUCAAGUUACAGAAACAGAGGGAUCUAGCGUUGCGUAGGGGGGAAGUAGUUGACGAAAACAUUAAAGAUUGGAAAGCCACUUCGCUCUCCCUAUCGCCUUGGAAUCCGGUUAUGAUUAUUGUGCCACCAACGAUCAUGGAUACUUGGAAAAUUGCUUUUGCUACCUUUUCGCACUUUUCUGUUUCUUUCUUCUCCCGCGAAAAAAAAACGGAUGUAAUAGAUAGCAUGCUCUAUGGGAAUGCAGACAUCCUUGUUGUGCCAAAAUCGGCGUUCCAGAGAGAAUUACAUUUUGAUGAGCUAAACAAAAUACGAUGGAAACUCGUUGUCAUUGAUGAAUUUCAUAACUUCAAAAAUCACAAAGCAAAAAUUUCAAUUCAUCUCAGAAAGCUGAAAGAAUUGCAUCAGCCUUUGAUACUCGGCAUGACAGGGACUCCGAUGCAAAAUAACCACAAAGAAUUGUGGAAUCUUGUUGAUUUGGUUGAAACAAACUUUUUUGGAACUCAAGAGGAAUUCAAUAUAAAUUUUGACAGGCCAAUCACCUUAGGAAGGUAAGUUCAUUAUCAGUCUUCGAUGAAUUGUGCCAUUUGUGUUUCUAGUAGCCAAGCUUAUACGUCGACUCUCCUUGUUUUGUACCAAAGACAAAAAUGCGCAAAUCCAAGAGUAAAAGCACGAAGUGAGGCCGCAAGUGCCGAGUUGAGGAAUCAACUAAGCAAGAUCUACAUCAAAAGGGAGAAAAACGUCGUUCUAAAAGGAGAGCUUCCCGAGAAGAAUGAACAAAUGAUUCUUUGUGAUCUGUCGCCAUUGCAGAAAGAAGUAUACAAAGCAUGUGUUGAACUUCCUGAUUUUGAUCUCGUCAAACAUGGAAGUAGACCAUGCGAUUGCGGUAUCAAUAAAAUGUUUUUUCGAGAUUUAUUCAAACUCAAAUGUAAAGCUGAGCGACUAGAGUUCAUGAGAACAAAUAAGAGACAGGUUGUGAACCAGGCAAAGUGCUGUUGGAAGCUCCCCGUAAAUCCAAAAUAUGGGGAGGAAGGCGAGCCCUAUAUAAAUCCAGAUGCUGUCAUAUGGCGAUCAAUGGAUGCGCAUUGUACUGAUUAUACCGCCGCCARAGAAGGGUGUAAGAAUUGUCCCUGGUGCUGCACUCUCCCAUGUCUAACAAAGCUCAAUAAGUUGAGUUCACAUCUUGGGUUAUUGCAGGCGUGCAAAACCAAAGAACCAAAGGGAUCGCCUGCAUACAAUAGAUAUAUUAAAGAGAAAGAAUUUGCCAAGGUUUCGUUAGCAGGGAUUACAAGUCGUCUUCCUGGUGGAGACAAGCCUGGUGGCGGUUAUGAUAGAAAUGAUGGUAUCAUGGAUGACCACUUCAGCUUAUCAGGAAAGCUAAAAGUGUUGGAUAGAUUACUACAAAAAUACUAUGCAGAAGAAGGGAAGGUUCUUCUGUUUUCGCACUCUACCCAGUCAUUAGGUUUGAUUCAGAACUGGCUCAAGAGUCGUGGACUGUACGAAUACCGUAGAAUGGAUGGUAGUACACCGUUAUCAAAACGACAACAGCUCACAGAUGAAUUCAAUAAGGAGGAGCAUAUAUUCCUCUUUCUGCUCUCAAUCAAGGCAACAGGGCUAGGACUAAAUCUCACAUCGGCUAACAGAGUCAUCAUGUGUGAGUAGGACCGUUCGUUUCUUUUUCGUUUCCCUUCUAUUAUUCCAAACUCACACAUCCACUUUGAUUAUCUCAAAUCCAGUUGAUGUCAGCUGGAAUCCUAGCUGGGAAAUCCAAGCUCAAGGUAUGUAAUCGUACUUGUCAUCAGACCUCUUCUUUUCUUCAAUUGUUUAAUUUCUCAUAAUGAUCCUGAUUCCACUCGAUUUUAGACCGUGCACAUCGCAUUGGACAAACACGCGAUGUGCGUGUUGUAAGACUAAUCUCGAGGGGUACUGUAGAAGAGAUGAUUUAUCUACGACAAAUUUAUAAAAUUCAUCUCAAGCAAGAUACGUUGCAAGACCAUGACGAUAUAGAUGCAGUGGCACCAAGGGUUUUUCGAGGUACGAAAAAUAGUUUGAACACUAUCGAUUUGAUAUAUUUUGAUAGUGACAGCGUAUUUCAUUUUCUCGUGGACGUCGAUUACUCAUUAGUAUAUUAUUUCAUUCUUAUUCUUCUAAAUCGUAAGGAGUCCAAGGUGAUAAAUAUAGGAAGGGGGAAAUCUUUGGAACCGAAAACCUCUUUAGAUUCAAAGAAAAUGGGAGCUUUUUGGAUGAUAUCUGGGCAGAAUUGAGCAGCAAAGGAAAUGAUGGUGAUUCUUCGGGACUAGAUAUUCGUGACAGUGGAGAGUUGUCAAAAUUGCUCCUCGAUUUGACAGAUGAAGAUAAAGUACGAAUUAGGGAGGAAAACAAUGUGCCCGCAAUCGGAGAGGUGAUAAGGGACGGAUCUGACAAAUUGAAGAGUAAAACCAGACGAGUUUUCACGAAAAGGACUACGCUAGGAGCAGAGGAAUUUGACUCCGAGUUGGACGACAAAAUUUGUGCAAAGGAUGAACCAUUAGAGGGAACAGUCCGCGCGGUUAACCAUGGAGAUUUGUUCCGUUCGGAUAAGGGUGGAGCCGCAAUUGCUUCCGGAGAAGAUGGUUUCGAGGAAGAAAUGGGAGGGCAGACGCAAGCUGCAUACGAAAUAUACGAGAAUGUCAUCGGCGAUUUCAUUCAUGAAGACCAUGUAGCGGGAGCUGAGAAUGGCAGUUGUGAAGACAAACACAACGAAAAUGAUGGUAGCCAAACGGAGAAGAAUGAAGAUGGUCGAAAUCAAAGUAAUAUAUCACCUACAAUAUAUUUGAAACCAUCAACCUCCGAAAAGAGCGUAGAUAGCCUUUUGGUACCUUUGAAAAGUUCUCCCACGGCAAGAAACCCAAGAAUCUCAAAAUCCAGACAUAGUGUAAAAUGCGAUUGUAGAGCCGCCCUGGCGUCAAUUGAUGUUGCAAAAUCAGAUGGCCCGAUAGUUCAAUAUGAUGAUAGGCGCAUGCCAACAAAUCAGCAGCAGUUCAACAACGAGGGCAGACUAAUAAUCGAUGCUUCAUUCAUUCCACAGAAGAUUCAUAACAAAGAGAAGCAUCAUGACCCUCAGAAGAUUUGUGCGAAAAAAUUACCUAGCAUUCAAACAAAGAAUAAAGUGUUGCUCAUGGGAUAUCCUGACAUUGACAAUGUCAAGACGACCUUCUCGAUUACUGAUUUAAGACGCCCAUACUAUGGGAGAAAGAAGACAAAGAAGAAAACCACAUUAAUCCAGAAUCUAUCAAUUUAACUAUUGUUCACCACUGAAAACAAAAGAUGAACUGUGCCCCGUGCCGCACGUCUAGUAAAAGGACAAGCAGGUUUAGAUUUCACCAAGAACAAAGUUGUAUUCAGACAGAUAGACGUAAAAGCGUAUGAUAUAUGGUAUAUAAGU